AUGGAAAGUGAAGGAAAAGUGACUUUUGAGGACUGGACCUACUUGCAGAAGUGCUUAAAAUAUGAAAAACUGAGACUUUCCCAUGGUAAUUGUAACCCAGACGAAUUAGAAAAAAAAGAGUUGCUGUCAAAGCUUGAAGAUCUCCAUCGAGCAUAUUACGAGCAUCAGUUAAAGGUCAGAGACUUUCAAGAGAUUGUAACAUUAAAAUAGAGUGACUAUAAAAAGCGGCUGAUCCCAGACGCCCACGCAUUCUUGGGGGACUCAUUUCGAUAUGUAGAAGCCUUUAUCUUGCAAAUCAGGACGAAACCGGAUAUAUUUGCAUUCGUAGCUUCUUCAUGCCGACAAAGAAGGGACAAAAUUGAUGGACUCGUUGAGAGCUUUGGCUUCUCUUUUUUUCUUGACUUGGUUCAUCCGGAAAACACAGAGUUGGAGCUGCUGAAUGCUAUCCAUCGCAUUCUUAAAGAAGAACUCGUCUAUUUAAGGGACUCAGGGCACGUUUCGAAUCUACUAAACGAAAAUCUGGUGCUGAGGAAGAUGCUGAUCCUUUAUAUGAAAAGGAAAAAUCAGAGAAAGUACAUGAAGCUGGUCUUUAAAAAAUCACUUACUUCUCAAGCCAUGUGCUGUCGUAGCCCAAGUAUGGGCUUUCUAUUUCUGGAAAUUUUGGUUAACUCGCAUUAAUUGUUUUAGAUAUAAUACUUUAUGUGCUAGCAAUAAGAGAUAGAAAAUAAAUAUAUUGUAAAUGAGCUAGAAAUAGUAUUUGAAUUGAAUAAAACAAAACACACUGCAAUAUUUCUUAUAUUCAUUAGUAUUACAGAUAGGUAGCUAGAUUUGAGGAAAGAGAGUGGAUUUCGCUAAUCAGAUGAAAUUUUGUUUGAUCAAGGUUGCUUUUAUAGGGAUUUAUUUAAUCAAGGAUGGGAGCUAGGGAAAUCAUCCACGAUCAGGAACGCAUAAAAGAACUGAUUCUUGACCCAAAGCAGAUUUAUAGAGCUGAGAAUGAAAAGAUUAGGGUCUAUCAAAAAGAAGAGCCUGUUCCUGUGAAGAAAAAAACAGGACUAUUCAGAAGAAAGGUAAAGGAGGAGAAGAAAGAAGAAGUGUCUCCAGUUAUGGAAGUAAGUGAAGCUGAAGCAAUGGCAAGUCCACAGGUCCUAGAGCUGAUUGAAGGGCGAAGCCAAGUGAUAAUUGACCAUUGCAUAAAUAAAAUGGCAUUCGGUUCGAGUAAAAUUUCGCUAAUUUUCUCUCCCUCAAACAAUUUUAUUUAUGGGGUUAGGCUUUCUUCUGAGAAUUUCUGUACAGCAAUAGCGUUUUAACUCUGGAAAAUAAGCCGGGGCACUGCUCCAAGUACAUCAAGAGGCUGGAAGUUUUUUCUCUCAGAACAAAGUGACCCUAAGGCGGAGCACGCGCAGGAGCUGACUCAAGGAAGGCAAGGCAACGCAGCCCGUCGAAGCCAGAACGCUGUAUUUUCCUAUGCCAUGGUGCAACAAAGUGGGUCAAUUCAGAGGCCCAUGUGCCCGAAACGUGAACAAAUAUGGUGGCAACUCUGGAAAUGCUACCCCCGUAGUGGGUGUAAAACGUAAUAGAUAAUAUAAGAUAAGAUAAUUGACCAUUGCAAAUCACUACUGCAGAGCUUAUACAAAAAUGUCAGAACAAUGCCUUAUGGCUUAAGAGGAAUCUGCAAACAAACAAUAGCGCUUAUUGAUGAAUUAGUAUGUGGGGUCAGCGACGCAGAAAAAUACUCUCUCCUUGGCAACAUGCUUUUCACUUUCUGGUGGAUCCCUGCAAUUAUUGAUCCUAUUAAAAACGGUCUGCUUCAAAAUGUGAUGAUCCAUAAAGUCACCUUGGGCUAUUUAAAAACAAUUGGCACCAUAUUCAAAAAUAUUUUCAAAGAAAGCGAGUUUGACGAGCCUCAGUAUUUCGUGAUCAAUUCUUUUAUCAAAGAAGAGUCUGUACAUAUGAAAGAAUUCUUUAGGGAUAUCAUUUAUUUAGAAGAAGGCGCAAAUCUAUGGAGAAAAAGCUCAAUUCCUCUAUAUCCACUGCCAUGCACCAAUGUAUCUGAGGACCAGAAAAACAGAGGAACCAUGUGCAAUUACUAUUUGACUGCUUUGACUAGGCCUAAGAUAAGUCCAUUUAAUUUCCACUCAAAGACGAGAAAACAAGCUGAAAAUAUGAGUGAAAUCAAAGAGUUUAAAGUGAUUACCUCAGUUUUAUCAAUUGAAGAUAUUAAGUUCCUUGCUAGAAUUGUCAAAGAACAAGAGACAGCUGUUACAGAAAAAGGGUGGAAUGAUUUAUUAAGAUAUGCAAAAGUCAUCAGCAAAGCUGAUGAGACCGAUUCUCUGAUUCAAUCCAGCUAUACAGCUGAAAUUAAUUUACAGCAAAAUGAAAUCCCAUAUCUGUUUUUUAUGAAAAAAAAUUUUGGGGAUAUUGAAAACUCAUAUAUUGCAAAUCUUCAUAAAUCACAGUCAAAUUUCCCGAAAACAGCAGACUUUGAAGGAGAAAAACUUUUAGCCAAGGUAAAAGAUGCGACAAGAAACUUGCUAGGCUGCCUUGAUAUGUCUAUUUUCUUUGAUUUAAGCAAAGAAUGGUCACUCAAAGACAUUGCGGAGUUCGUCAUCCAAUUUUCUUAUCUUUUUGAAAACAAAAAAGCAGCUGCCCAAGAAGGUGUCCCAUUGAAAUUACUAGCUCAGUUUUUAGCAACUUACUUGAAAAGUGUUCCAGAAGACUAUAUUGCUUACAAUUUUAGGAAACUCUAUACAACUCUGCAAAAAGAAUGCGAAGACAGAUUUGAGACCUUGAGGAGGGCAGCUAACAAAAAUAAAAAGCUGCUGCUUUUAGCUGUCAAUUUUAUGGAAAAACACGUCAGCGACAUAAAGCUAGAAGUCAAAGUCCAAGAGUCUUUACAAAGAAAAGCAUACUUUAUACAGUUUAUCAAGGAUGGAAGAGUCCCAGCUUGUCUGCUCACAGUUAAAGAAGGGCCUUACAACACAGUUCAAGUCUACAGCCAGAACAUAUGUCCUCACUCCAAGCUGCAAUCUGUCGGAGAUUUUGUGCUUGGAGGCCGAGGCUCAAAGUCCAUAAAAACCGAAAGUACUCACAUUUUCUCUAUAGAAGAAUUUUACCAACGAUUUAUGAAGCUUGACCAAGUCGUCCAAUCCACCGAAAAUGUUGAAGACUAUUAUAACGUUGGAGGUGCUUUCUUUGACUAUGUAGCUUUGGUUCGAAACGUGCUCAAAGAUGCAGGCUUGGGUGAAGAAGAUAUUGAAACAACUACAGAAGAAAUCGAGAAGCACAUUACUUCUUCUAUGUACCACCACAUUUUCCCAAGCAAAGCAUCAAUAGAAGAUACAAAUUUGCAUAAUAAAACACUUGAGCUGGACUGAGUUAAGCCAGAACAUAUGGAUAUUGACCCUUCGAACCGAAAUGAAGAUAUGUGGAAAUUUGCAAUUGAGUCAUUAGAAGCAAUUGAUGACUAUAGGGCACCUUCGGAAAAGCUGAACUGUCUGGCUGAUUGUAUGUCUAUCAUUGUCAAUGUUCUCAGCCUUGUGUCGUCAGGCAGCGGAGGAGUUGGCACAGAUGACUCUUUGCCGAUUAUAAUUUAUGUUGUACUAAAAGCGAAGCCAAAAAGACUUUAUUCAAAUCUGAACUAUAUUUCGAAAUUCAGACACCACACAAAGAUGAUUGGACUUAAAGGCUUCGUGUUCCAGCAGUUCCAAAGCGCUGCGAGCUAUAUUGAAAAUAUUGAUCAUACAAGUCUAAAUAUGGAUUUAGACGUUUAUCAAAGGAACGUAGAAGAAAGUAGGAGUAAAGUUCGAGCUGGUAGAGAUAGGGACUAA